GUGAAUAUUGAUUUCAGGUUGCGAAAAAAAACAACAGCAACCCUCUCAUAUUCUUUUUUCGUUCUGAGUCUGUACAAUAUUCAUUCGAAAUCAGUUUUCUUUUAAUUUUGUUGCAUUUUAAAUGUCUGUUGUGACUGCGAUGUCCUUUUUCAGUAUCCUCUGAUGUAACGCUGAACGAGCGCAUACAGGACAAUAGCAAAAAUGAUUCAACAGUUCAUCUUCUUUCAUGAUUCCAUCUCCAAACAUUCGGUUUAAAACCACAAAUCCAUCAACAGACAAACAGAGUUUUGAUUGUCUCUAAAUAUUGAAAAUUCAGUAUCAUGCAGCAAUCAGAUUUGCACAAUUAAAAAUUGAACGAAACAAAAAAAAGACAAUCCGCACAGAUCAGCUGGUUGGCAACUGUUGUCGUUGUAGAAGGUCAAAGGUCGUCACCGUGUUAGCAGAAUUGAAAAAAAGACCAUACACACAUUUUAGAAAUUCAAAUCAGUUCAGCAAACAAGCACAAAGCACCACCACCAAAAUUAUUGCACUAUACGCACCGAACACAGAAUGGAAUGUUCUAUUUAGCAUAUAUCAAUGAACGUAUUUUACGGUGGAAUUCAUCAAAAUCAACAACAACAACAACAACGUCACUUAUAUACUCACAUUCAAUUAUAAUCCAAAAUCUAAAUUCAGCACGAAUCGCUCAAUUUACAUUUUCAAUUUAAUUUUCGUCGUAAACAAAACCACAAAAAAGGCACUGGUUCACUAGAAAAUAACACACAAAAAAACCGAAUAACCAAACAUAAAAGAAAUCAUGGCAAAUACAGCACAAUUAUUUCGUAGGCAAAGCUCAAGAGAUUUGAACUCGUAUAAACAGCGAAGCAUAGAUAACCUAGAAUUAAAGGAGAUGCGUGGACGAUUAGUGAGACCUGAACACAGUCAAUCUCUUUAUGGUGCUACAAAUCCGGCAUUUUUCUCCGAAGAUGCCGAAGAUGAAAAGGAACAAGAGCUAUUCCCAAACAUACCGAAAACAUUGCCGUGUCAAACGAACGAAAUCGUUCAAGAAGACAAACCCGAAGAUGAACGCGAAAGUUGGGACAGCAAAUUGAUGUUUCUAUUAGCAACAAUUGGAUAUGCUGUUGGCCUGGGCAAUGUAUGGCGGUUUCCAUAUUUGGCACAGAAAAAUGGUGGCGGUGCUUUUUUGGUGCCAUAUUUUACAAUGUUGGCGAUACAAGGAUUGCCAAUUUUCUACUUGGAACUAGCGUUUGGCCAAAGGCUUCGAAAGGGAGCGAUUGCGGCAUGGCACGAGGUAUCACCGUACUUGGGUGGCAUCGGAAUUUCGUCGGCCGUAGUUAGUUACAUCGUAGCGUUAUAUUACAACACAAUUAUCGCCUGGUGCCUGAUAUAUUUUCUACAUAGUUUCGAAUCACCGCUACCCUGGGCCGAUUGUCCAACGCGUCUAUAUAAGAAUUUUACAUAUGACAUUGAACCGGAAUGCGUUGCGUCUUCACCCACACAAUACUAUUGGUAUCGAUCAACAUUGCAAUCAUCGGCUAGCGUAAAUGAACCCGAUGCGAUCAAUUAUCCGGUGGCGAUUGCAUUGCUCGUCGCAUGGUUUCUCGUUUAUAUUUGUAUGGUACAAGGCAUCACAUCAUCCGGCAAAAUUGUUUACAUUACAGCCAUUUUCCCAUACGUUGUGCUCAUCAUAUUCUUCUUUCGUGGCAUCACACUGCACGGCGCCUAUCGUGGUGUUAUGCAUUUCUUCACGCCGCGCUGGGAAUUACUUUUGGAUCCAGUUGUGUGGCUGGAGGCGGGCACACAGAUUUUCUUUUCACUCGGUCUCGCAUUCGGUGGUUUGAUUGCAUUCAGUUCGUAUAAUCCAGCAAAUAAUAAUUGCUAUCGAGACGCUAUAAUCGUAUCGAUGACGAAUUGUGCCACAUCAAUGUUUGCCGGUAUCGUUGUCUUUUCCAUCAUUGGAUUCAAAGCAACGUCGACGUACGAAAAAUGUUUGGCCGAUAGAAACGCAUCCAUUUUGAACAAUGUCACCACUAAUCUACCGGUGUGCGAUCUCCAACGGGAAUUGGACAAUAGUGCGUCGGGCACCGGUCUGGCAUUCAUAAUCUUUACUGAAGCAAUCAAUCAAUUUCCGGGCGCACAAUUUUGGGCAGUAUUAUUUUUCCUCAUGUUAUUCACACUGGGAAUUGACUCACAAUUCGGAAUGCUCGAGGGACUUGGCACAUCACUUGUCGACAUGAAAUUAUUCCCAGGUCUACCGAAAGAUGUUAUUAUUGGGGGUUUAUGUUUAUCGUGUUUCAUCAUAUCAAUUGUCUUCGCUCAUGGUGCGGGCAGUUAUAUUUUUCAACUGAUGGACAGUUUUGCAGGCAGUUACUCCCUUUUAAUCAUCGCAUUCUUUGAAUGUAUCGGUGUGGCAUAUGUUUAUGGAAUCAAGAGAUUUGCAGACGACAUUGAGAUGAUGACUGGUUCACGACCCGCCCUGUACUGGAUGAUUUGUUGGAAAUAUCUAUCGCCAGCCGCAAUGCUCACAAUAUUGACCGCAUCAUUUCUGGAACUGUCAUCAUCGGGCAGCAAUUACCCUGCAUGGAAUCCGGUCAAAGGAAUAACCGAACCGAAAGAAUGGCCACACUGGUGCAUUCUUUUAGCAAUAUUCAUGAUAUUGGUUUCAGUCAUUUGGAUUCCUGUCGUCGCAAUAGCCAGACUUUUCGGCAUUGUAAUUGUAGAAGAUACAGAGCCUGCCUGGUUUCCCGCAAACGAGCUACGUGAAGUGCAUGGCAUAGUGCCACACGAACCAACAGAAAUCGAACGUACACUGUUUUGCAUUCAAGCAGAUGGUUCGGAGGGUUUCUGUUGUCCAACGUACACAUUACCUGAAGAAGAAUUACAGGAAGAAGAAUAAUCGAAUGUAAGUUGUAAGCGCCCAAUCAAGUUCACUAAAUUGUUAGUUUGUUCGUAAUUGUAAGAUCAUAACAAGUAAUGUAUUUAGUCCAUAACUUCGGAAUGCGAUUUAGAAUGAGAAAAGGCGAAUAGGUGCGCAAGGGGGAAAAAGAUAGACGAAAAGAAGAAAAAAUUAAUACGGCGAACGAAUGGUUGCUAUUAAAGUUUUAUCGAUUAAGCAAUUAUCAGUAAUAAUAAUAAUUUUAAUGUGUGUUGAAUGAUAGCGACAAGGAAAUUCAUUUCAUUAAAACCAAGAUACAAGACUCUUAUUGGGAAAAAUUAUGUUGGAAAAAUAAGACUUAAAAGAAAAAAAACAUACUACGAGUAUUAGUAAAUAUUUAUGGCUUUGCUUGAAAAAAAUCAACAUUCGAAAAUAUCACAAACACAAACACACACACAUAAUAUACAUAUAUUUUUCUUCUAGUUAACAAGUGAAUCGUGAUGAUGAAAUUUUCCAUCCGAAAUUAAUACAGUAAACAACCAGAUGGAGAGAGAGCGUUGUAAAAAACCUGACAAUAAAUUUGCUCGUUUUUGAGAAUGACAAAUUUUUAGACUCACACGUAUAUUUUUGCUUCUUUUCCCCAGCGAGAUGUAAUUUAUACAUCGAAUGGUUAUCAUAAUAUAUAUACAUACAUAUUGGACAUAUUACUGACAAUAAAAGAAGUCACAAGUGCACACAAAAUUGUAAAUCCCACCAUCUAGUUCAAGAGAGAGUGAAAAUGUUUACGCAUUCUCAGCAUGAUCGCAUAGAUUUACAAAUAUACUCAAUGAACGUUAUAGUAAGACAUAUAUUUUUUUUGUGUUUUCGUUUGAAAUGAAAAGUCGCAUUGCUCGUAUCACCGUUGAAUGGACGAAUGGCAUAACAUAAAACCGACAAUAAAAACAUAAAUACGAUGAAAAUAAAUGCAGAAAUGCUGUUAUAUGUUCACCCCAUGCACACUGUCAUGUAAACCGUAGACUUUGCUCAAAAGACUAAAAAUGCAUGGAUCUAUUAUUUUUAGCUCAUUUACUCGUAAUAAUUCAUGUAAAAUUCACAUACAAUACCGUUCACUAUAUAGGUGAACCAAAAAAUAAGGUAAACGAAAAAGGGGCAUGACAUUUGCAUGCUGAGAGUUCCAUAGUCGAUAGAAUCGAUACGCAAAAAUACUCUGACAAUAAAAUUCAUAUAUAUAUAGCGUAGAGCAAGUUAGCGAGACGAACUAGUGACGACAAUAAAUUGAUUAUUAUCAAAUUCAUACCCCUUUUUUGUGUUGAUUCAGAAAUAUGUUCCAAGUUUAUUUGUAAAAAUUCUAAUUGCAUUAUGUUAUAAUUAUAGUAACGUGUAAUUUUAAGCUAAUCGAUCAAAUCGUGUAUCGUAGCGUAUUCAUUUGGAUUUUGAGCAAAAAAUAUAUUCAUAUUUCCAUGCUGGAGUAAAUUUGUGCACUCUGAGUGAGCGAGAGAGAGAAAGUGGGUGUACGAAUGCCAAGUGUGUAAUAUUAACAAUUGUCUUCACAUUCAUUUUGAUUAGUCUGAUAACCAUCAUUAUUUCUGUAUUUGUUUUGAUUCCAUUAUUUCCGGCGCUCGGUACUGCUAUACAUUGUAUUAAUUGUUGUAUAAAUAAUUGAUAAGAAUUACUGGGGGCGCUUAGAAAGAUACUAUUUUAGUUGUUUUUGUUUUUGCACGAAAGCAACAAGAUAACAUUUAUUCUACACAGAAAAAAAAAGUGGGUUCUUUAUAGUAAUUCAAUGAAACAUCUCGAAUAGGAAUUUGGGAGAGGACAUUUAUCACAAAAACUAUUAUGAUAUUGUAUUAUCGGACCCAAUAUUCACCCAUGAGUAUUCAGACCUCGAUUAAAGCCACAAAUUCUAGUUUCCAGCUUAAAAAAAAUAUUUUCAACAUUUUUUACUUUAAUUUUUUUUUAUUCAUUAGUUGUGGUUUUGUGUGUGUUGUUUGCUCAAAAUUCCAUAUAUUCAAAAACUAUCAGUGACGUCAAAACGAAUGUACAUUUUUUCACACAAUUUUCAGCUGUUAAUUUUGCCAAACUGUCAAUUGAUAUAAAUAACACUUUCUUCACCAAAAUUGUAGCACAGCUCUGAUCUUGUUGAAGAAAUCGAUAUUUAACUUUUCAUCAGUUAUGCAUAAUCAUCCGAUAAAAGUGUGAAAAGAAUGUUUGUUUCUUCGAUUUCACUAAUACAUAUGCGAAUUGAUGGCGUUUAUCCAAUUUUCUUUAUUUAAAGGAUCUUUGAACGCGAAUACUUAAACAAUAUUGUUAACUCUAAAUGUUUAUAUUGACAAAUAAUUUCGAUGAAUUAAAAUACAUAUAUAUAUAUUAAGAGCGGUUAAGAAAACUAUACAUACCAAAUUAUCAUAAAAUCAAAUAAUAAAAUGAAAACCCAUCAACUAUAUCUACAGAGACUACAUAUAUAUUUAUCUUAUAUGAUGAUGUUAUACAGUGAAUUUAUAGAUCGCAUAUUAUAUUUAAAGAAAAAUGUACUGUUUUACUCAAACCAUUAGAAUUUAUCAAAAAAGACGAUAAAGUAAUAUAUAUAUACAUAGAAAAUGUAUCAAUCAGUGAAUUGAUAUUUAAUGAAAAUGUGGUGAAAAAUAGAAAUAGAAUCGAUGUAAUGGUAAAUGACUUCUUCCACCGUCGUUCAAAAGACAGUUCAAAAGCUGAAAAGUUCAAAUCGACACACUUACACACAAUUAAAAUUAAAUCGAAUAAUAAAUACAACUGACGAGUGACAUUAUAACUGUCGAUCAUAUCAAAAUAUUUGUCUAUCGAAUGUUUAACAACGAUAUAUAUCAUAAAUGAAAUAUUGAUUUCGGUUAUUUUCACUGAAUUCACAAAAGACAACUAUCAAUCGAUUUAUCAAUUAAAUAAAGAUGUGAACGAACGCUGAAGUUUAUCCAAUUAAUUAUUGAAAAAGCAAUGGACGACAAAUUUUACUGUGUAUUUUUACAUUUCCUUAAAAUAUUCACAUUCUUUUGUGUGUAAAAUACAAGCACUGCAUCAAUGUUGCAUGAAGAUGGAUAUGUACUUUAUUCAAAACGGCACUAAAUGCCAAUUUCAAUGAAAUGCAAUGACCACAAUUGCCUCAAUUUAAGUUCGAACAGUUACUUUGUGGUUACUUCGAACACUCAUUUGAAAUUUGGUUAUACAUAAGCUCGAUUUUUCACGCGAUAACAUGUUUUGUGUAAAAUUUCCAAUUCACCUCCAUUGAGUUCCGAAUUAUUAAUUUAACCGAAUCGCUAGACUGAUUUUUGUUUGUCCCCUUUUUGGGAAAUAUUAUUAAUUUUCCAUUGGAAUAAACUCGCCGACAGAGGGUCCAUCAAAUAUUCUCAAAGUGUCCACAUAAUUAUAAAGCUCGAUCGCUACGAGAAAUAGUUUGUUAAUCGUGAAAAAACUAGUUUUUUUUAAAACAAAACCAAAAAAUCUUUCAUGCAUAUGAAAAUAUGACCGUAAUUGGAUUAAAUUGAUAAUGGGUUAAUAAUAUUGGUGAUUAAGCGAAUAAAAUUCAAUGGUUUUUUUUAACUUUUCGGGCCACAUAUGUUCUCGUUCAUCUACUCGAUUUUGGUUUCGAUUGAGGCCGUUAAUCCUGUUGCCACACUCGACUAUGAUUUCAUGUCUCUUCGGCUGUUAGUUCCGUUUGAACUUUUUUCUGGUUUUUGUUGAAACCAUGAGAAAUACAAACAUUCAAUUCUCAAGAAUUAAACAGUUUUUUUUCUGUGUCGAAAGGGCAAAACCGAAAAAUUGUUGAACAAUUCGACCCAGCAACAGGCGGAUAUAAUUAGAUCAAUAUAUUAAUUGGCGGCUUCGGUGUUCGAAACGAAGGAGGUGUACACGUUUAAAACAAACAGUUAGCGAGCAAGCGAGUGACACGAAAGAUGGUUUUCGUAUAUUUUAUUUUUUGUUGGCUUUUGUUGUUUGGUAAAAGUCAAAAACAGAAGUUAUUGCAUGCAUAAGAAAAUUUCUAUUAAAACUACAAUUGUAUUUUACGUAUAUAAAUAAAAAGAAAAAAAAAUUGAUGUUUCUAGUCCGUUUAAUUUUCAGAGCAAUUUUACAUUAAAUAUCAUCAUAUCAAAUGUUUUAUGAAUGUGUGUAUUUGAACAAGUUUUUCGGUUCUGUUAAUUCUCUUUCCGUUUAACUCUAUUUAAAGAUGUCAAACAGAAGUUCAAAAAUGUUAUAUUAUAAAAGAAAACCAAAAAAAAAAAAAAAUAAUAAUUCACACAGAAGAUAUUGAGGACAUUUGUUUUACUCACUUUUAUGUGUCAUUAUUCAAACUUUAGACGUAUUUUGAAUGAAUCAUUUAAAUUAAAAUCAGAAGACAAAAGACAAGAAAAAUCGAUAAACAAAAAAAAAAUCGAACAAUGUAAGAUUGAAAUAUAAAGAAACAUUGAUAUUAAUCAAAGGAACAAAAAAAUUAUUAAAUCUCAUUGUGAAACAGCAUCAGAAACAGAAUAAAGAAGAUGCGUUUCAAAAAGUGUAAAUGUUAUGCCUCUAUUCAAGAACAAUAAAUAAAUUUAAACCAAAAA